AAAUGCAUUAGGUACAGACGCCAUUAAAUGAACUAUUCACUCUUUGGCUGGUUUGUCAAAUUAUUGAUGCGGUGGUUUGAAUCACGUUUGAAUUUAAUGCGAAGCUUCGCAUUUCCCUUUAUUUUCUUUUUCUUUAUUGUUAUAUUGUCUCAAUGAACUAAAUAAUCGUCUUAUUUAAAAGUGGAACUAGUGUUAUUAAGUGCAAAAUCAUGGUUUUGGCCGAAAGAAGUACUGAUGUUCGAAAUGGGAAGCGGUCGAGGGGGCCAAGCCCCAAUGGCCAUGGAAGUCCAGAUUCAAGUUCUGAAGAUGAGAAUGUGGUACCGUUUGCAGCCGAGAAGAUUAGAGUGGGUAGGGAUUAUCAAGCAGUGUGCCCAGAAUUGGAACCGGUGGAGCAGAGGAGGCCUGAGAUGAUAUCAGACCGAGCAUUACUUGUUUGGUCCCCCACAUCUGACAUAUCUGAUAUUAAAUUGGAUGAAUAUAUAACUACUGCAAAAGAAAAAUAUGGUUACAAUGGCGAACAGGCACUUGGUAUGUUGUUUUGGCAUAAACAUGACCUUACACGAGCCUCAAUGGAUUUAGCAAACUUCACACCCUUUCCUGAUGAGUGGACAGUUGAAGACAAAGUUUUAUUUGAACAGGCUUUUCAAUUCCAUGGGAAAAGCUUUCACAGGAUACGGCAAAUGCUCCCUGACAAAUCAAUUGCAUCACUAGUCAAAUAUUAUUACUCAUGGAAAAAGACCAGAGCUCGCACCUCGCUUAUGGAUGUCGUAGGUGAAAAUCGCAAUGCAACUAGUUCGGGAACAGGCAAGCGGGAGUCUGGUGCUGGUUCUGAACCUGGCGGUUCAGAUAAGGAGUCGGAUAAUGAUGAAAAGAAGUGGACUAUCCACCGCGGUAUAGUGCGCGGCGGCAGGCCGCUGGCGGGCGGCGGCGCGCGCCCGGCGGCGGCGCACACCGCGCAGGGCGAGGGCGGCGGCGAGGGCGCUUGCAAGAGUUGCACAGUUUGCGGCAUUCUGUGUUCGCAGACCACGGCGCACAACUCCCACAAGUUGUGUCAGGCAUGCCUCGUGCACGCCAGACGCACCGGAACGAUGCGACCCCUGUGCGGGCCCUCCGGCAGGCGCGGGCCGGGCUCCAAACAGCAGCGGUACAAGCAUCGUUUGCCUCGCGGCAUUUACAUCAAUCACGAUGAUCUCGUCGCCAUGGCGACCGGCCCUCAGCCCGGCGACCCGCCACAGCCCGGCCUAGUCAAUCAGGGCGAAGCGAUGCUUAAAGCUAUGGACAGAGAGAUUAUAUCGCUAAAGAGACAAGUACAACAAAACAAACAGCAGCUUAGCGCCAUGAAGCGUAAAGUUGGCGACGCGGGCGUAGAGGAGCUAAGGCCAGGCGAGCCGCCCGCGAAGAUCAACUCGCGCUGGAGCAAUGAAGAACUGCUCAUGGCCGUCACAGCUGUCAGGAAAUACGGGCGCGACUUCCAAGCGAUCGCGGAGACGCUCGGCACCAAGACGGAGGCGCACGUGCGCACGUUCUUCGUGUCGUACCGCCGCCGCUACAACCUCGACGCAGUGCUGCGCGAGCACGAGCAGGACCGCGCACAUAUACUGCAAGGCACAACAAGUACAGAAAGUGCGGACAACACUACUGACAGCUCCAACUCGAACAGUGGUGCUGCCUCACAACAAACAAGCACCAAGGAUGAAAAGACCGAGGUGGACAGUGAGGGCGUAGCCCUGGGGGCUCCGGCUGAGCGCGGCGGGCCGCCCACUACGCCGCCGCCGCCGCCGCUGCACAAGCACAAGCCCGCCAAGUGAUCCUCCGUACGUACCGCCACCGCCUCGCACCACGUGCACUCCCGCUAAUAACAUGCUCUUGCUCUACCGAUUUGGAUUGGAUUAGGGGUAUUCACAUAAUUAAGUUAUCAGAGAUUAAAUAAAGUUUUGUAUAAUAAUCCAAAAGAAUAUAUUUAAAAACAAAACAAUAUAAUAAUUUAGAUUACUUGACAAAAGUACUAAUUCUCGUAUUAGACUUCAAUAGUACAGUAGUUGUGUUCACAUAUGUGUAACAUUUAAUAUAAUUUGGCAUUUUUUUUUUAUAUAAGUGAAUUUCUGAGGUUGCUGCGAAACAAAAUAUUCUAGGCAGGUACCACCUACAUUGUUGAUUACACGUGUUUGAAUGCAGCUUAAUAAGUACAUAAAAAAAAAAAAUAUCGAAUUAUUUAAUUUUAUCGAAUUGAUAAAUUUAUAUCACUUUAAAUCAUAAUCAGAUUUACUAUAAUCAUUUGUUUAGUUUUCUAAUUUAUUAAGUCACACACUUUAAAUGUUCUCCAUUAUUUUGAACUAUCUCAACCAAUUCUUAUCCAAAUCGGUUCAGUAAUUCAGAAAAUGUGAUAAACAGACAGAUACUAUUUGCAUUUGUCAUCUAAAGGACAAAUAAUCUGUCGACAUCACCUAUACGUAUUUUUAGUUAAGUUGUUCAUGUAAUAUUGUAUCAAUUUAUACAAUGUGUAAUGAAAUAUAAAUAUUAUGUGUGUGAUAAGUCGAAAAAAAAAAGCAUUUAUCCGCCUUACUAACUGUUCAUAUGGAUGGAACACCAUUUGAUAUACAGUUGCUGAAACUAAGUUCCAUUUUAUUAAUGUUUUAGUGUAUAUAUAAAGUUCAUAAGAUAUUUUUUGAUUACAAAAGUCACAUGAUUAUAAAAAAUCCUAGAUUCUCAUCACCAUACUUUAGUGAAAAUGAAAAGAAGUUGUUAUCGUGGAAAUGUAUUUAUUUCAAGUUGAAUAUUUACUGUAAAUAUGAAAUUUUCUGUUUAGAUAUGAUAUUUUAACUAAAUUUUGUAACAUUAUUUCGAUAUUUAAUAAAGUAAAUACAUUAUGGCUUGGUUAGAAAUGUAGGCAAAAUUUAGUUUAAAUGAACUCUAAUUUAUCAGUACUGGUUUUUGUUUUGAUUGUGCAUCUUGGAUUUUUUAUAUAUUAAUGAUUUUAGUGUUAGAAUUUUAAGCUUUUUGGUGUCACAAACCAAUUGUACUUUUUUGGUUCAUAAACGGACUAUACAUUGCAUUUUUUUAUUUACAUUGAUGAUUAAGACAUUUGUUUGAAUAUUUAUUAUAUAUUUCUUUGACAUUACAUUGAUAUAUAUUUGAAUAAUUAAUGUUAAAAAUAUCUUUUUGAUUUACAUUACAUUUUUUUUAAAUAGUGAAAUGCAUUUGAUUUUUUGCAACACUGCGUUUCCAUCAAAAGUUAUACAUGUAUUAUAUUUAAAUUUUAGUAUUUUUGCCAAGCCUAUAUUUUUGUAUAUAUAAGGUAAUAUCUAUAUUUUGAAAUCGACUUCGGAGCUAUGUUAUUUAUUUUAAACAUAUGAUUCUACUUUUAUAUUGAAAUAUUUUUUAAAGUCAAUUUGUCUAUGAUGAUACAUCUUUUUAUCUGUCGAAGUUUUUUAAAUGUGUUACAUUUUAAAAUAAGAAUAGUGAUUUUCUAGUCAAUUUCGUCGUUUUGUCACAUUUCUUCUUGCUGAGCUUGUAUUUUGGUGGAAACGGAGGGUAACUUUUAGACGGUUGUACUGUUUGAGGGAGAACUCGAGAGUUUGCGGAAUUGUUGAGAACUGAGGGCAUUGAUACUACUUUCUCUUUGGCUGAAACAAUCAGUCGUGUAAAUACAUAACUUACAUUAAUCAUACUUUUCGUUUUCCUUCAUUAUUAAACAAAUGUCUUAAUAUAGCUACAAUAUUAAGCCACUUAUCAGAUUAUUGCACUCUUUUUAAAGUGCAUAUACUUGGGGUAUUUACUACUAUUUUUCAGUAAUAGUUUUAAGAUAUUAAUCAUCAAAGAGAAAUUAUUACUUAUAAUUAUAUUGAAAGUAUUGCCAGUAUAAAAAAAAAUAGUAGUAAACUAUCUCAACAUUAUGGAAAAUGUGCUUUGUGCCUGCCUGUUUGUGUUAUUGAAGCCAAAAUGUCCAUAGUUGAUCCCGUAAUCUAAGGUAUACAUAAUUUGUAAUUAAGUUGUAAAAUCAAGUUUCAGGCUUAGUUCUCGUAGUCCAUGCAAUGUUGUCUAUGGUUAUUAUUAUGGUUAAUUCACAAACUGAAAUUAUAUAGUAGCAAUAAUGUUUAAUUUUAAUUUAUAGUUACUAGUACGUUACUAAUUUGUAGUUAGUACGUAGAACUGUUCAAAAUCACCAAUCAAAUUGUAUAUAUUGGAAUUAGUUUUAUAUAGGUUAUGAAUAUUUUAAUUUAAUACUUUAAAUAAUUUGAGCGUGUGAAUAAUAGAUAAAAAGCGUAUAUUAUGGUGCAUGUAUGAUAUUAUAUAGGGUUUUUGUAACUUAUUUGGUAAACAGUCUCGGUAUAUCUCUAUCGUAAUUAGUAAUUGAAGCUAGUUAUGCAGGAAACAAACACAUUACCCUGGAUGACCUUAUCACAUGGUUGUUUCUUGCAUUAACUGGUGCUCAUUAAAAAAAUAUAUAUAUAAAAAGAGAAUGCACAAUAAUAAAGGAAUCAUUUGACCCCAAAACAUUUUUAUCUUAGCAAUUUGUUCAUUUAUGGACUGUUAUUUAAGUAAAUAACGACCAAGAGUGUUUACUAUAUAAAAAGGAUCAAGACUUUGUCAAUGAGCAAUCAGACUAAUUAGGUAUGUAUUGUGUUUCCACUAUGGAGCACAAGGAUUUUAUAACGAAUGAAACGACAGUAUACGCUUUAGGGAAGCAUAGUGUGGACUUGUAUAUAGUGAUAAAGUAUAAACUAAUAGUUUUUAAGUAUAUUUCCAUGUGUAUGGAAAAGCUAUAUUAAUGUAAGAGAUACAAUUAACUAGUUUGGUUCGUGGUGAGCGUCCGUGAGUUGCGCUCUUAAAUGGAGCGUCGUUUGUAUGGUCUAUGAUCUCUUCGUACUCGGUUUGUGUGAUAGUGUAUUUAAUUAUCAAUAAUAUAGACGUUAUUCACUUGCCUUAAGUAACAAUUUUACUUGUCGUAUACUCGCAAAACUAUGACUAAUUAUAUACGGAGAUACAACGCGCAAACGCAGCGUUCCGAUUUGUAUGAUAGGUAAUAAAUAUUAGUUAUGCAGUUGUAUAAUUAAUUUUAUCAUUAAGUAUAUAUACUAUCGAUUUGUCCAUUUCGCUUGUAGUUUUAUAGACACACUAACAAUGAAUUAGAUAUUUAGGUGUAUUUUUACUAGAUAUUCGAACAUGUUGGUCGCUUUAUGUUAGCCUCAAAUUUUAUCAAAAUUCCAUUUAUUUGUUACUCAGAUAGAAAUGGCAGUAUCCAUUUUUAUGUAUCCGACAUGAACUGUGCUUCACAUUGUGUUAUGUGAGCAUAAUUUUUUUCUAAUUUAAUAGACGGACAAAAUAUUAUAAAUAUAUAUAUAAUUAUUAUUGAUAUUGACGAUAUUUUUAUACAUAUAAAAAGACAUCUCUUUUCAAUAGAUUAGUGAUAACACGAUAUACUUUUAUUUCUUAGUGUCUACCAUUAUAUUUUAUUGAUUACAUAUAGCGAUAAGCUUUUGUUUCGUUUUAGUGUAAUUUUAAUAGUUUUAACGUCCAUACAUCACAGAUAUGAGCGAGCGUUGUACUGAAGUGGUUACCGACAGUUUUAUUUCUCGUUCAGUACUUGGUGUGCACGUAUUAUACUCGCAUAGUUUGUUAGAUACUUACUAAUAAGUUUGCAAUAUAUAUAUGCAUUUCUUUGUAUGCACUAUAACACUUCUGAACUUCCGCCUAAGACUGACAUAGGCAAUUUUAUUUGUUAUUGUAUAUUAGGGUUUUUUUUUUAUUUAACUCGCCUUAUUGGAUUAUCAGCGGUGUUUUACAGUCAACUCUUGACAUUAUACAGCUGCUUAUGAUCAUUGGUGGGGAGAUGACAUUGACGAGAAAAAUGCCUAUAAAAAUGUGUUUAUCGUGCAGAUUUCUUAUUCGAGAUUUUAAAUGGCAGGUUAAUAAGUAAUUGAUGUUUUUCAAUUUGAAAUUCGCUGAAUUAAGUUACCUUAUUCAUAGAAAUAGUGGUCACGUGAAAUAUUUCUUGGUAUAACAUCAUCAGCAUAAUUUUUGGUGAAAAUGGAUCUUCUGCAAGUCUUAAACCGUAACUGUGACACGGAUUGUACGUAGAGAUGUUUUGAAGAUGAUAGGGGUUAUCCCAUUGUCUUGUUAAUGUACAUAAAUUAUUCAUUUAUAUAUGUAAACAUUUAUGCUUACAAUACGUACAAACCUUUCUCGUUACAUUAAAACCAGUCUCAUAAUUCGACGUGGGUAAUAUCGAUACCGCUUCGAUAUCUAUAUAUUGGGUUUCUUUGAACACUGAUGGCGAAAAAGGAGAUCACCCAUUUCGAUAUCGCCUAUAUCGGUCAGAUAUCUAUAUUAAUUUCGAUAGGGCUCUUUAUUUUAAUAUUAUAUUUUGAACAACCGGUAUAUGUUCAUCAUCGAUUUACAAUAUAUAGAUAUCGCUAUAUUACCCAUCACUACUAAUAAGAGUUAUUGAAGAUUUCAUUUACAAAGUUAAUAAGUUUGCUGACUGUACAGAUAUAUUUUGCUGACUCUAGUUCAAUAUGUAUCCAAUACGCUAUGGAAGCAGCAUCGUGAUGCCAGACGAUAUUAGUAGUAGCUUGGGUUAUGGGGUUUACUAUUGUUUAUUAUUUAUUAACUUUCAGUGCCCAUUUCGAAUAACUUUUGUAACUUAUAAGCAAUAUCUGCUUUAGUUGUAUAGUAUGGUGUAAAAUGAAGUUCUGUACCCACUAUUCCAUAUGGUAAGAUGACGCUGUCACGCUUGAAUAGAAGCGUUCCGAACACUAUAUAUAUAUAUAUUACAUACAUUAUUUAUUUCAUGGUAAAGUAAAAUAUUUUGUAUAUUUUUGCAAACGUGUUUAUUGUUCAUGCUGCAUGUCAUUUGUUAGUUACCUACAAAAUAUAAAAUAUGUAUGCUCACGACUGUGUUAGUAUUUACCAGCGAUGGAACUGCGUUUGUUUCGUAGUAAUAUAGACAAAUCGUAUUUUUUCUAUAGGUAUGAUCAUGGUACGAUAUGAUGUAGUGGGCACAGACUCUAUAUUUUUCUAAUAUAGUUUGCACGAAUUAUCUGCAUCUCGCAAAUGCCACUAGAUAUUUGAAUUGUAUAUAAAACAAAGCGUUAUAAAAAUGGUAUGUGUAUGUUUUUUUAUAGUCAUGUAAUUUGGACUAGACACCAAUGUAUUGUUGAUUAUAUACCAAAAACGUCAAAAAAGCGCAUACUGUAAUUCGGGUAAUAUUAUAUAUAUGAUUUUUUCUUAUUAAUUAUUUACACAUUUUAAGUGAUAUUUUAUCGUUAUUAUUUCUGAGCUCUCGAUAUUUCGUUGUUACAAGCGUCCUGGUAAAAAAGUGUAAAGUUGUAAACAGCCGCGAUCCAAGUGUCUUCUUUUAAUUUGUUUCCUUUUUUCGGUGCAACUUAUUCAUGCGUUUUCUUCCAGCCAGCUCUAUCCCAGGCCAUAUCCUUGACCUCCCUAUACGAUAUGACACCUAGUGUUUCUUUUAUCUGUCCCAUGUAGUUAUUCCUCGGUCUUCCUCUUCCUCUUUUGCCUUCUAUUUUUCCGUCUACUAUGCCCUUAAAAAAUCGUCAUGUCAUAUAAGAUGGCCCAGCAUUUUGCCUCUUCUAUUCUCUAUUCUAACCAAGUGUAAAGCAAUUAAGAUUUUAUGUUUAAAAUAUAUUUUAAUGCAUUCUUACGGGAAGCACUUUGUGUUUUUGUACAAAAAUAUUAGUGGAAACGGCUACUGGAACACCUGUAAAUGCUCCGUAUUACUUCAACUAUAAAUAAAUGUGCAUAUCCGUUUUAUAAAGCUAGCUUCUUACAUUGAUCUCUUGUAAUUUACCACUGCACGGUACCAUAUUGUAUGGAUUGUAUCGUCACGAUAUAAUAGGGAUCAAAAUAUAUAGCAAUGCAUAGUGACUGUUAAUUUUCCGCGGCGAUAUUUUGAACGUGCAUUAAUAAUAAUAAUAAUAAUAAUAAAAAAAAUUAACAUUUUUUAUAAACAAAGCAAUAGCAUAUAUUUUACUCUCCUAUUGUAUCGUGACGAUAAAAUCGUACGAAAUGAUACCGUGAUACGGUAACCUAUAAAAACAAAAGCAUCCGUUAGAUCAAAUUGUCUAGUGCGACAAGUGGCAUAACUAUUCGCUCCCAAAGAACAUACACACACGAAGUCAUGUUAUUUAUUGACGCUAAUUAGAGCUAGUAGGUAUAUUGUUACACAAUUAAAUUAUUUUUAUUAGACUUUUAUUGUGUUCUGUAUAUUAAGAAUAAUAAUCAGUUAAUGAAUUUUUUUUUGUAAUUAAGUGGAAGCUCAAGUGGUACCUAUUAUUUAUCCCAACACGAAAAUUAUGCGAAAUAUAGUCCUAAAUUCAGGGAGUUUUUAUUUUAAGGAUAAUAAAUAAAUUAAGUCUGCAUAA